CCCUUGGCGUCCCCCCCUGCGAACAUGGCACCUGCCGGCGGCGGCGGGCGCGGGGCCGCCCGGGGGCUGCGGGCGGCGCUGGCGGUGGCGGCGGCGCUGGUGCGGGCCGCGCUGUCGCUGAGCGAGCGGUACCCGGCCGUGUCCCUGCUCAAGCAGGAGCUGCACCGGCAGCGCCAGGGCCCGGCGGCGGAGUGGGCAGAGCAGUACGCGGCCGAGUGCGACUCAUCAUUUUUGCACUUCCGUGAAUCAGAUUGUGACAUCACAGGGACUUCAUCUUGCGAGUCGGUGCUUUCUCUCAACACAGAAAAAAUUCUGAGUCAAGCGAAGUCACUUGCAGAGCAAAAAAGAUUUCCAUUUGCUACUGAUAAUGACAACACAAAUGAAGAAUUGGCAAUUGCUUACGUGUUGAUUGGCAACGGCCUGUAUGAUGAAGCCAUACGACAAUUUUCAACAAUGCUUCAGGAAGAACCAGAACUGGUUAGUGCAAUCUAUGGACGAGGGAUAGCAUAUGGAAAAAAAGGACUCCAUGAUAUGAAAAAUGCUGAACUUGCUCUUUUUGAGCUCAGUAGGGUAAUUAGUCUAGAACCAGAUCAUCCUGAAGUAUUUGAACAACGAGCAGAAAUACUGUCCCCACUAGGACGAAUCAGUGAAGCAUUAUCUGAUCUCACCAAAGCUAUUCAGCUACAGCCAUCGGCACGGCUUUACAGGCAUAGAGGCACUCUGUACUUCAUAUCUGAGGAUUAUGCAACAGCCCACGAAGAUUUUCAGCACUCACUGGAACUGAACAGAAAUCAGCCUAUAGCUAUGCUUUAUAAAGGCUUAACCUUUUUUCACAGAGGACUCUUGAAGGAAGCCAUUGAGUCUUUCAAAGAAGCUCUGAAGCAGAAAGCAGACUUCAUAGAUGCAUAUAAAAGUCUGGGACAAGCCUACAGGGAACUUGGCAACUUUGAUGCUGCUACAGAGAGCUUCCAGAAGGCUUUGCUGCUAAAUCAAAAUCAUGUUCAGACAUUACAGCUCAAAGGAAUGAUGCUUUAUCAUCAUGGUAGCUUAGAUGAAGCACUGAAGAAUUUUAAGAGGUGUCUACAGCUAGAACCAUACAAUGAAGUAUGCCAGUAUAUGAAAGGACUCAGCCAUGUUGCAAUGGGACAGUUUUAUGAAGGCAUAAAAGCUCAGACUAAAGUUAUGUUAAAUGAUCCACUACCAGGCCAGAAAGCCAGCCCAGAAUAUCUGAAAGUGAAAUAUCUCCGAGAGUAUUCUAGAUACUUGCAUGCACAUUUGGAUACCCCUCUUACAGAGUAUAAUAUUGAUAUAGAUCUUCCUGGAAAUUUCAAGGACCACUGGGCCAAAAAUCUUCCUUUUCUUAUAGAAAAUUAUGAAGAACAGCCAGGGUUACAGCCACAUAUAAAAGAUGUGUUAUUUCAGAAUUUUGAAAGCUAUAAGACUGAUGUGCAAGAACUCAUAUGUGUAGCUGAUCAUCUGGGUUCCAUGAUGCAGUAUGAGACACCAGGAUUUCUUCCAAAUAAAAGAAUACAUAGAGCAAUGGGAUUGGCUACUUUAGAAGUAAUGCAAGCUGUGCAACGGACAUGGGCAAACUCAAAAGUUCGGAUGAAUGGGAAAACUAGACUGAUGCAGUGGAGGGAUAUGUUUGAUAUUGCUGUGAAGUGGCGAAGGAUAGCAGACCCUGACCAGCCUGUGCUUUGGUUGGACCAAAUGCCUGCCCGAAGCCUUAGUAGAGGUUUUAAUAAUCACAUUAAUUUAAUCAGGGGACAGGUCAUUAACAUGCGGUACCUGGAGUACUUUGAGAAAAUUCUUCAUUUUAUCAAAGAUAGGAUCCUUGUUUAUCAUGGUGCUAAUAAUCCAAAAGGACUAUUGGAGGUUCGAGAAGCUUUGGAAAAGGUACAUAAAGUAGAAGAUCUUCUUCCCAUAAUGAAGCAGUUUAACAGUAAAACAAGAGAUGGGUUUACUGUGAACACAAAAGUCCCCAGCCUUAAGGAUCAAGGAAAAGAAUACGAUGGAUUCACGAUUACCAUAACAGGAGAUAAAGUUGGAAACAUAUUAUUUUCAGUAGAAACUCAGACAACAGAAGAAAGAACACAGCUGUAUCAUGCAGAAAUAGAUGCUCUGUAUAAGGAUCUAACAGCUAAAGGAAAAAUUUUAAUUCUGUCUGCAGAGCUGGGGGAAGCAGAUGCUGUGUGCAACUUGAUCCUGUCAUUAGUUUAUUACUUCUAUAAUUUAAUGCCACUUUCAAGAGGAUCUAGUGUGAUAGCUUAUUCAGUGAUCAUGGGAGCACUAAUGGCAAGUGGAAAAGAAGUAUCAGGAAAAAUUCCUAAAGGAAAGCUUGUUGAUUUUGAAGCGAUGACAGCACCAGGAUCUGAGGCUUUUAGCAAAAUAGCAAGGAGCUGGAUGAACCUAAAAAGUAUUUCACCUUCUUACAAGAGUCUACCAUCAGUAUCAGAGACUUUUCCUACCCUGAGAACAAUGAUUGAAGUACUAAAUACAGACUCGUCUUAUUGUCUAAAAAAAACUAUAGCUGUUGUGUAAUUUAUACAAAUAAAAGACCAAGAUAAGCUGCUGCUUAAAUUAUUUUGAAGGGGAAAAUAUGGUCAAACUGGGUUUAUUAUUAUUAUUAUUAUUUUUUUUGAUAAAUAGACUACACAAACUUAUUUGAGUAAUGAUCACUAGAAAAGGGAAUCUUUGUGACCAGUAAUAUUAAAAAGGAAAGAAAAAGGAGAACAGUUAACUUCUUGUAUCCUGACAUGCUCUAACAAGAAAUACAGCUGUUCGGGGGGUGGGGUAGGCAAAAUGAAGAGCAAUAAGAAAUUUCCAUCUCACUUAUGUUCUGAAUGUUCUGGAAGUGAAGAUUUACUUUAAAAAAAGUGCAUUGAAAAUACCACUGUGCAACUUCCCUUUGUAUUUUUUUUCCAAAGCCUCUGUCUUCCGCAUGGAAAACCUCGAGAAAAUGUGUGAGUAAUUGGUAAAUAUACAGACAUUUCAUGUAACGUAAUCCAGUGAAGUAACAGAUGUCAGCUUAAAGGAACGGGUUCUAGGAGAACAAUUUGGAAACAAAAACAAAUGACAUUCGGGGUUAGCUUCUUGGUGAGUAAAUGUCAAAAACACAGCAGCAGUGCAUUAGUUCCUCUUUCCAUGUACCCAUUGGUGGCGGUAUCUGGCAAAAGAUAUCAACAAACUUGAGC